AUGGAACUACCGGAUACUCAAACAGAAGACCUUCCUACCGCUUUAAAUGGUAUAAAAUGUCAAUUAAACAGCAUAUUAAAGUCAAAUCAAUUAUUUCAAGAUUAUGCACUACUAAACGGGUUCUUGGCAUUUGUUCAUUCCAAAUUGAAUGCAGUAGUCCUUUCAUCCAUAGAAUCACGAUAUGUUUUACAUGUUUCUGGAGGUUCAUCUGCAACUGAUCUUGUCUCCUUUGAUCAGAGCAAUAUCUCUUCAAUUUUAGAUUUUUCUUGGGAAAGCGUUCACUAUCCAAUAUUCAAAUGGUUCCAGAUGUGGAGGAAUUACAUUCUUUUUGAGAAGGAGAACAAAAAACAACAGACCAAAUUUAUUGACUUUAGAAAGAUGAAUUCGAAGAUGUUAAAAUUUUUCAAAACGGUGCAAAACUUUUAUUUUAAUAUCAUCAACACGGUCUACAAAAGAUAUGAUAUAUCUGUACUUUUACCGAAAAGGAUUAUUCAAGACUUAAAGUUAAGUGAUAUCGAAGGACCUGCCAUUGGUGCAGACAAUUAUGCGGUUAAGACAUUCAAUAGCGGCAGCCCAUUUGCACAUCUCGUCCUGACACUUUUCCACCGAUGCCUGUUAUUUUUAGGAACUGCGUAUCGCUAUAAAAGUCUCCUUGAAGAGGUUUCCAACAAAUACAGCAUACCUAAUUUUAAAAAAUCUCUCGAUUUCUUUCACUUAGCUUCUUUGAUGUUGCCAAGUGCUGGUGAGACGUAUUCGCAAGCGGGAACGGUGUUCCUUCAAACUGGAAAUUUGGGGACUGCAGUGUUCAAUUUUGUCAAAGGUAUGAUGACGAAGAUGCCAAGUCCUGUAUCAAUCAAAAACUUUGGGGCACUGAUGGUGGACAAUAAAAGUUCAUUAAAUCGUAGCCUGCAUACAACUAUUAUGAACACCUACUUACAAGAAUCUAAAGGACCGAGAACACCUGCUAAAGAAAUACUAGAGUUUUAUUUCCUGGGCCUCUUUGGGUCUGUUUGGUCUCCUAGCAGUUGGAGGGACGAUACGAAACCUAACCAAUUAAAUAACGGUAUUAAGUUACGGCAUUUAGAGAACGUACUUUACGAGACAAUGUCAGCAAGAUAUCUGAAGAAUAUUCAGGUCAUCUUUUACAAUUUGAUCAUUACAAUUGGUGGGUUCCAUCUAUUAUUGAAAAGGCGUUUCGAUGUAGGUGCAAAAACCCUGAAGGAUUUACGUAGUAAUGAGUUGGAUUAUUUGAAUUUUGCGUUUAAAUUCAUUGGUCAUAUUUUAAAUUAUAUCGUAAAGGAAUCAUGGAGCGAAAAUCCUGACGUUCCAGAAAUUCUAGGUAUGGCAAGAAUUAUCAAUUGCUGGAUAAAAGCAAAUCCUAUGGUUCUUCAAUAUUCUCAAAGUAAUCUAGAGUUUGUUAAUGCCAUGGCAUACUUGAUAAACGAUAUCAUGAAAAAAAAACCAAGUCCGUCUUUUACUAUAACAGGAUAUAUUCCUAAAAGGACUUAUUGGUUUGAAGAAGACUUGAUGGUGAAAGGUUUGUCAUUCGUUAACUUUCAACUAUCUGAUUUUGAUGAUUAUGAAAAAAUUUUCGAAAUGGACCAUAGUUUCGACAGGUUAAUUGGUGAUCCUCCAUUAUGUGAUAAGCUAUCGGUAUCAUCAGAAAUGCUGUUGAGAUUGCAGGCUGUUGUAAAUUUGGGUUCACAAUUAUUGAUGGAGAAUAAGUGUGGAGUGGAAUGGUCAGAUAAUAAAUCACGUUAUAUCUUUAAUAAGAAAAUCGGAUUUAAAGAGACCGUUAAGACUAAUAUGAAGGCACCGAAACAAUCUAAUGAAAAGGUCAGGUUACAGAGAAAAAGCAAAGCUUCGACUAUUAAUGGCUCAAUCUCUAUGGCGGAUUUAGAGAGACAAAUGAGAAGUACCUCUUUGGAUUCUUCUUCCCCAACUAUGGGUUAUAGUGGCUCCUCUGUACCUAUGGCGCCGGAUACGUUCAAUGUUAAACCUAGCGGUAUAAUAACAGGAAACAAAAUAAAUGUAGAACUGUUUGAAACUGAAGUGGUUGGUCAAAAAGUCGAUGACACUACUACGAAUAUAUCCCCUGAUUACAGUAGUGCAGCAAUCUCUUCUUCAAAUUCCGCUGGUGGAUCAUCUUUCGAUUUGAGCAACAUCCUAUCUUCGAUGCAAAACAGCCACUUGGAAAAAUCAUUUGCCAGAACCAUGCAAGGAGUGAAUGAACAAAUGCCAGCGAAUGAUAUUUGUCAUCAAGCCCAAAGCCCAAUGCAAGGUGGCGUGUAUUCACCACAACAACCUUCAUCGAUGUCUUCACUGAAAUCCGCGUAUCAAAAAUCCACAGUGCCUUCACCUACCUCGAUGGUAUCCUAUCCUUACAAUUUUUUAAACCAGCAGAAGCAAGGGGUCAUUCCCCCUUUUAAUGCACAAGAUUUACAAUGGCAGAAUGAAGUGUACGCGUUGAAAUCAAGAAAUUAUGCGAAUCCAGCGUGGGGAAGUGACCAGCACCAGGCAUCUGUUCCACCACCAGCAUAUACGCAAGCGCAAAUGCAAAUGUUUCAGCAACCUAUGCAGCAAGAAGUGGGGAAAUAUAUGCAAUUUUCUUUUGACGCGCAAAAUAAUACUGAUAGUAUAAAGGGAAACAGUCAAACCAGUAUGUUUUAG